UUCAAGUUAGGCGAGGAGCCCAAAGAAAUUACACGAACACUGAGGUGCGCCAAUUUCUGACCGUCGAGGAGAGCCAAAUUAUAACAAGUUGAGAGGUGAUUUUUCAUGGUACCCAUGGCAUUUUAUGAAUUUUCAAAAAGAACUUGGAUUGAAAUGUUCUACUUAGAGGUGUACUUCAUAAAUCAAGAUGCAUUGUACAAUGCUGCAGUACUCAAUCUGUGCCCUUGUGGUGUUGCUGACACUUUUACAACUCAUACAACUUACCAUGAUCUCAUGGUUGGAUAAUAUCAGUCCUAAUCAUAUACAAAAUAGAGCAAGAGAAGUGUUACCAAUGUCAGACAUGCAGAAGCAGAAUGAAACACAUCAACAACGAGAACAACUCAUCCACAUUACUUUGCCAGCAGCAAAGCUGAACACAUAUGGCUCUUAUCAAAUAUUCUAUGAUAUCUCAAAGACUCGACUCAAAUCAAUUAAGACGAGAGAUAUUACUCUUGUCUCACACAGUUCUAUGAAUAAUUUAUAUCAUUUACCAGAGUUAGUGGACAGGUGGAAAGGACCAAUUUCUUUGGCUGUGUUUGGGAGUUUAUCUGAUGUAAAAACUCUUGUAAGUUAUGUCAUGUCUCUAAAAGAAUGUAUCAUAGGAGUGAGAAGAAAUGUGACAUUCCAUUUGGUCCAUCCUGUUAACUCAAUAUCAGAAGAGGCUGAAGUAUUUGGGUCGGUCCAUAAUAAACAUUCUUUCAUGGUACCUUUGAUAGAUUGCAGUAAACUUAUUGAUGCAAUUAAGGCGUCAUAUAGCAAUGUGCAGAAUUAUGCUGAAGAUGGCAUUUUGUAUCCAAAUAAUCUCUUGAGGAAUGUUGGCCGUUCAAACAUUUUAACAGAAUAUCAUUUAGUGCUGGAUAUCGAUAUGCUUCCAAGCGUUGGUCUGCGGGAGAAGUUCUUAAACUUUGUGAAGGGUUCAUCGUCUCUAUGGCUGGAUGAAGACAUGGUGCAUCAGAUGGUUUUUGUAUUACCAGCAUUUGAGAUGGAUAUUGAAGCAGUUUCCAAGGUGCCCAGAGAUAAGAUGGAGUUGUUGAACUACUUGGAGGAGGAAAGAGUUCGACAAUUUUAUGUGAAGGCCUGUUCCUAUUGCCAGAACCAUACAGAUUAUGUCAAAUGGACCAGUCUGCAGAGCGUAACUGGUAAGCUAAGUGUGGCCUAUACAGUGGAAUGGAAGCCUUUGUGGGAACCCUUCUACAUCAGCAGGAGUGAUAUACCUAUUUAUGAUGAAAGAUUCAGACAGUAUGGUUAUAAUCGCAUCAGUCAGAUAUGUGAGCUGUAUAUGGCAGGUUUCAAUUUUGCAGUGCUGGAUAAGGCAUUUGUUGUUCACAAGGGCUUCAAAGAAAAAACAGAAUUUCAUCAACAGAAAGACGAAGAAAAUCGUAUGAACUACUACCUCUUCCUUGAAUUUCACACAGCUCUACAAGCUAAAUAUCCAGAGACCAAGAGAAGGUGUAUUAAGUAAGAGCCUCCUGUUUGUAAUCAAUAUAUGAUUUUUUUCAUAUUUAUAAUAAUGUUAAUGCUCAGAUUGAACUACAAUAUAAUUUUAAUGAUUUGUGGUAUAUUUUCUUGGGUAAGACACAAACAAGUUGAUAGAUGUAAUUUAUAGGACAACUGCCCAGGGACGACAACUCCCCUGAUUAGGUGCAUGCUAGAGUUUUUUUUAGAAGGACUUGCAUUUUUGGGUAAGGUCAGGGUGUUCUGUUGGGAGACUUGAUACCGAUUUCAGUAACUCAUGAUUUUUGGUCUGCACCAGGCCCGCACUAAAAUAGUCUGCACCACAAGCAGACAAAUACUAGGGCACAUAAGAGAUGUUGGUGGUCUGGUGCUGCUAAUAGCAGUGUCAAAAUAAUAGGCCUACUGGUCUGGUGGCGGGCUAUUUUAGCAUGCGGCAUUCAUAAACUCAACAUUUUACGACUUAGAUAAGAGCUGGUGUUGACCAGCGAGUUACUGAAAGCAGUAUUAUACUCUAAGGAGGUCUCCUCCAGGUGAGAAGUGUACAAGAAUGUUCAUGGGUGAAUGUUAUCAAAGGGAGUUGUCCACCUGGAGGAGUUGUAUUUAACAGCGAUAGACAUACCAUGGGCAAUAAUUAAAGCAUAUAAUUUAUUAAUUUUCUGUAUUCAUUCACUACCGAUUGCAUACUACUGUUGACUUCCUUUGCUUGUUUGUGCAGACAAAAAUAAUGACAAAGAUUACCGGGUACACAAUUAUUUUUCUAUAUAAGCUUGAAAUCUUUUAAUUUCUAAAUUAGCAUACAUUUUUCAUUGGUGUACAUAAAUACUGCUCUUAUAAUGAUACAUAUACCUUAUACAUAAAAUCAUAUGUAGGCAGAUGUAUAUUAUCAGUCUAAAUGAACAGGGACAUGUUUAGAACUUGUAAUUUACAGGCAGACAUUGAUCAGUAAUUUUCUGAGUUUUCUUGCCAUCUGAAACACUUUAAAAAUGUUCUGUUUAUUUUUACACAAUUAAACAUUAUUUAAACAUAUGCACAGUACUGAACAGUCUCUUUGGAUCUGAAAUAUCUAGACACGCUUGUUAUUACUGUAACUCGUCCAGUAUUUUUUUAAAUUAAAUUGCCAAAAUUCUUUUUAUCUGAGGCAUAGUAAACAUCUUGAUCUACAUGAACUUAGUUUAAUUGAUGGAAUAUUAUAUUAAGAAAGAGUAUGAUGGGCAGCUGAAGUGAUUUCUUUGUUUGCUCCAUGAAGCUUCCAUUGGAAACCAAUACAAUUCAAUAUCAAUUUGGUUGAUUCACUAUACGGUGUGCCAUUGGCUGCAGCAAAAUUCGCAAUGCCUCAUGGGAAAAAGUCAUCAGCUGUUGCUCCCGCUUGUAUUAAAUAAGUGCAUGCAGGCAUGCGAUUGUUAAUCGCUGGCCGACGCGGCUCAACCAGAUAUGCUGUUUACUAGGGUCCAGGAGGUGGGAGAGAAAUUUUCCUGCAUAUUUCUUUGCGAAAUUAAAACCAUUUUUUUUUUGCUGAAUUCUGGCCAUAUGGUUGUCAUUUUUGAAGCAUCAUAGCCACAUUACAGUACGUUAGCACUGUGCGCUGCUUGCGCUUCCACGUGAUGCCGACCCUGAAGUUAAACAUCUUGUUUGUUCACUGCAACUGAUAGAUGGCGCACCAUAUUAUAAUAUGAAUCCACCGAAUUGGAGAGUGAGGGAGUUUAAUGAUACCAUGAUAACUUUUUAUGUGAUUUUAUUUUUGAAAGACAAAGCAGUUGUAGAGAAAAAUAGCUAAGCUCACAUUAAAUUUUAUGCUGCUAGCUGCACCGCGGGUCAAUUUCCUCUUCACAACUGUUCACUUUAAAAAAACUGUUUAUGAACAGAAUGUUAAAUAUAUCUGAUAAACAAGACCUGUUCGAUUAUUGUAAAAGAAGAUGCUUAGAAACUUUCGGAAAAGUAUGUCAGAAGGGGGGGGAUGUUGGAUCAGGCACUUCCUGAUCUAUCAAGGAUUAUUGUUUGUUAUUCCACAUUGAAAUAAAGAAAAAUUCCUCUUUUUCAAAAUUCUUUUGAUUAAAUCAAGCUAAGAUGAGCUUUGUCAAUUUAUGUUUGGCAUGUACAUGAUGUUUGUGGAUGAUUUCUUUACUUCAAUAUGUGACCUAUAUGCACUUAUUUCUUAUAUUUCUAUUUUCCUAUUGCUAAUUCCUUUAUAUAUCUUGCUUCAAGUACAUCAUGUACAUUUAAUAAUUAUAAAUAAUAACAGUGUCUUGCAUGGAUGCCUUUAGUAGUCAACACAAAGGAGAUGUAAUGAUUCUCGGGCAAAAUGAAAAAAAAUAGAAAAUGAUUGUAACUAUUAGCUGAAGAUAUAUGCUUUAGAGUUGUGAUUUGAAGUUAGUGGAUAUUACUUAAAAUAAGCUUGCUUACAAAUGUUUGGAAGUAUCUUUUGGUAGCGUCACAGUUAUUCUUCAAAACUAAAUGAAAAUUUAAUGUAACUGCAGUGACCAAACUUAUUAGCAAUAAAGACAGUUAUUUUGACAAUUGUUUUCAAAUUUUCUUUUUCAAACUAGCAAUAUGAAAUUAGCCAACUUGCUGUGGAUGUAAGUUUAUGAUAAACUGAAUGAAUGGUUCUUUCCAUUUCCGUUUAAUGUCAUUUUUAUUCUGGACUUUGUUUGAUCAUUCUGAAAACCACUAUUUUCUUUUAAAUUUAUUUUAUGUUAUAUUUUUAUUACUAGUACAGCUUCCGUAAAAUAGUAAAGAAUGAUUUCCAGUACAUGUAACUUAUAUUUUUCUUGCAAAAUAAAGAGGGUUGAACACAAUAGCCUGAAUGUUUCAAAGGUAUAUAGCUUUGAAUCUAUCUUACAUCUUUACAUAUCCUUAUAAAUUCAUGUUUGUUGUUUCCUGUAUGUCAUUUUUGUUAUUUCAGUACUGUAUUCAUUGUCAUACAUGUAUGUUGUGGUGUAAAUGGCACAAACUCCAAUUUUGACUGAAUGGAAUUUCCCAUUGCAACCAAUAAUGUAGAUGUAAGUUAUUUUUGUUAAAUGGUAAAUGGUAAUAUUAUGCAAACUGGUAGACAGAGACACUAUAGUUGAGGGCAUGAAAAAGUAUUUGAAGUGCAAAAUUCAUGCGAAUGUAUUGUGAUAUGGAGGAGGUGUAAUAACUGAAUACAUGUAGAUACUUGUUUGUAUUUGUGUAUUUUUUAAUCGAA